UCCGGUCGCGUGGUAUCACUGUGAAUCGCACUGUGGAUAAUAAAAUGGUGAAAGACGAUGGGUGUUAAGUUUCUGAGAGGAGAGGAAAGUCCGAUAAAUUUUGCCUGUUAAUCAAAGUGUUAAGGGGACAUCGACAACGGUGCGUCUUUCUCGGUGGUGUCGAACAAUUCGCAAGUGUAAAACACGUUUACUAAUGUUGAAAUGAAUCGGAAUUGCGUCAUGUAUGGCGACUUACGAAAACUAUGCGAUAGACACAAGCAGCUCGCCCCGUACGGGCCCUGCACUACGUCGGACUAAUGAUCAAUGGCUUUGUUUGAGAAGCGAUACACGAAUAAAGUGCUGCUAGAUGAUACAGAAAAGCUGACGAGCAUCAUUGAAAAUGCAAGAACAAUCGACGGACACACGGAGUAUGUGAUUAAAACACAAAGAGGUCCAAUUCCAGAGAAAUCUUGGAGAGUUAGCAGACGCUACAAUGACUUCGUACAGCUUAAUGCAGCUCUAUCAAUAUCAGGUAUUGACCUGGCUUUUCCUCCAAAGAAAAUUAUUGGUAAUAUGGAACCAGACUUCAUAGCUCUACGUCAAAUAGCCCUACAGAAUUACCUAAACAAUAUACUAAUGAAUCCUAUAUUGGCAUCGUCGCUUCCCAUGAAAAAAUUUCUAGAUCCGGAUAAUUACACAGCACCGUUACAUGAAAUAGCUUUGCAACAGGUAUCACUAGCUUUACGUAGCGAUGCAAAUUUCGAAGUUUGUAAGGCCAUUCCUGAUAUGGGAUGGAGGUUGAGAAAGCAUUAUUACACUGUAAAAAAUCGCCAAAAUCCCAAGCAAGAGUUGCUACUCACGUGGGUAGAAUUUGGUCCAGACAAACACUUGCAAGAUAAAGAUAUGCAAGGCGUUUUCAAAAGUUUAGGGACAUUGAGACAUAAUUAUAUAGAACCAAUCGUUUAUCAACAUGUAACCGAAAACGGAGCUUUAAUGAUAAGAAAUUUUUAUCCAAUGGGUACAUUACGUGACAUUUUGUGCGUUACUAAACCUAAACAACCAUUCAUAAAGAAAUAUGGAAAUCCAAAACAAACUAAAUCAUUAUCAGUGCCUGAAAUUGCUAUGUAUGGUUACCAGAUUUUGGAAGCUUUAGGAUUUCUUCAUGAAAAAGGCUUACCAUAUGGACAUUUACAUACAGGAAAUAUUCUUUUAACACAGAAAUGUGCAAAAUUGUUGGAUAUAGAAAAUGGUCUCUUAGGUUUACCAGCGUUCUAUCGGCCUUAUGUUGUACAAAGACGUAAACUUCACGCUACGACUCAAGUAGAUAUUUAUUCGUUUGGACAUGUCUUGUACGAAAUGGCAUUUGGACGACCGCUGUUAGAAGCAACGUGUUCGGAAUUACCUUACUGCGAAGCAACCCUGAAAAGUCUGUUGGAGGUGAUACUUUCACCAGAAGCCCUAAAACAGGAUUUACCAACGGUGUCGCACCUAUUAGAACAUCCGUUCUUUGAGUCAACAAAACAUGCUGCAUUAGCUGUUGGGUCCAUGGAAAGACCACAUUUCAAAUUAAGUAGUCAUUUGAAGGAGGCCCUACAGGAAGCAGUGAAUAAAGCAGAACAAAGAUUAAAAGACGAACAAAAAGUGGCGAGACAUCAAAAGAGGCUUGUCAAAGUUCAAGAAAUGAUGAGCUCCGAAGAAGAGAUGAAAAAACGAAAACAGAAACUGAAAGAACAAAAAUUGGCCCAAGAACAACGUUCGGCAAAUCAAUUGAGCGCGAAUGGAAUGAAACACAUAAACGGCAAGAGCCCGGAGCGCUCGGAUAGUCCUACAAGUACUUCUACGGCGACUAGUGUUGGAACAUUAACACCACCAUCGCUGCGUUCUGUAGAUGUGCCGCAAGAUGAUGGAGUUCCUGCUAAGAGUACUGUACCACCACCUCCAUUACAAAUGCCACCACCUGUUGAUGUGACAAGUAAUCUCUCAAAGUUGACCAACGAACGAGCUGCUCUACUAGGAAGUAUUUGUAAUUUCAAUAAAACUAGUCUUCGUAAAGUUGCCAAUGAAUAUCAUUGAAUUGAUAAAGUUAUAUAAUUGAAAGAAAAUAGCGCUGAACGAUCAUACUAGUUU